CAGGAGGCACCAUGAGCGUCAAGGCUUUCAAGCUCGUCUGCGCUGUGGAGCGGGAGAUGCUGAUGGGAGACAAAGCUCACAUCAACAUCGAGUGCAUUGAGUGCUGUGGGAAGAACCUCUACAUUGGAACCAAUGACUGCUUUAUCUACCACUUUCUCUUGGACGAAAAGAUAUCAACAGCUGGAAAAACAACUUUCGCUGCUACCAAGCAGCUGCACAAAUACCUGGGCUUCAAGAAGUCCGUGAGCGAGCUAAAAGCAGCGUCCGCCCUCACCAGGCUGCUCGUGCUCUGCGACAACACGAUAACACUAGUGAACAUGCUGAACUUGGAACCCGUGCCCACGGGCGCCAGGAUCAAAGGAGCCGUGACCUUCACGCUGAACGAGAACCCCGUGAGCACCGACCCCUUCUGCGUCGAGGUCUGCAUCAUCUCCGUCAAGCGCCGCACCAUCCAGAUGUUUGUGGUGUUUGAAGACCGAGUGCAGAUAGUGAAGGAAGUGUUCACCCCGGAGCAGCCCUACGCCGUGGCUGUAGAUGGGCACUAUUUGUGUCUCGCCCUUACCACGCAAUAUAUCAUAUUGAAUUAUGACACUGGCAGCUCCCAGGAUCUGUUCCCGUACUGCAGUGAUGAGAGGCGGCCGAUUGUGAAGAGGAUAGGCAGGCAGGAGUUCCUGCUCGCCGGGCCUGGAGGGCUAGGGAUGUUUGCGACCGUGGAUGGCAUUUCCCAGCGAGCCCCCGUGCACUGGUCGGAGAACGUGAUCGGAGCAGCGCUCUGUUUUCCUUACGUGGUCGCUCUGGAUGAGGAGUUCAUCACCGUGCACAGCAUGCUGGACCAGCAGCAGAAGCAAACCCUGCCCUUCAAAGAAGGUCACAUUCUGCAGGACUUUGAAGGCAGGGUAAUUGUGGCUACUAAUAAGGGUGUAUAUAUUUUGGUGCCGCUCCCUUUGGAAAAACAGAUUCAGGAUCUUCUAGCCAGCCACCGAGUGGAAGAAGCCCUCGUCCUUGCAAAAGGAGCUCGAAGGAAUAUCCCAAAAGAGAAGUUUCAGGUAAUGUACAAACGAAUCCUACAGCAAGCGGGUUUUAUUCAGUUUGCACAGCUUCAGUUCCUUGAAGCAAAAGAGCUCUUCAGAAGCGGCCAGCUCGACGUCCGGGAGCUCAUCUCUCUCUACCCCUUCCUGUUGCCUCCUUCCUCUUCAUUUAUACGGUCUCACCCCCCUCUGCACGAGUACGCUGACCUAAACCAGCUGACCCAAGGCGACCAGGAGAAGAUGGCCAAGUGCAAACGGUUCCUCAUGAGCUACCUGAACGAAGUGCGCAGCACCGACGUGGCCAACGGCUACAAGGAGGACAUCGACACGGCCCUGCUCAAGCUGUACGCGGAGGCGAACCACGAGAGCCUCCUGGAUCUGCUGGUCUCCGAGAACUUCUGCCUUCUCACAGACAGCGCCGCCUGGCUGGAAAAACACAAGAAGUAUUUUGCCCUUGGUCUCCUGUAUCAUUACAAUGGUCAGGAUGCUGCAGCACUUCAGUUAUGGGUGAAAAUAGUGAAUGGGGACAUUCAAGACGCCACGCGUUCGGAUCUCUAUGAGUACGUGGUGGACUUCCUCACGUUCUGCUCGGACCAGGAGCUGGUGUGGAAGUACUCCGAGUGGGUUUUGCAGAAAAAUGAAGAGGUUGGAGUGCAGAUUUUCACUAAAAGGCCUUUGGAGGAGCAGGAAAAGAACAACAUGAAUCCAGAUGAUAUCAUMAGUUGCCUUAACAAAUACCCUAAGUCACUUGUUAAAUAUCUAGAACAUUUAGUGUUGGAAAGAAAAAUAGAGAAGGAGAAGUACCAUACCCAUCUAGCUGUCCUGUACCUGGAAGCAAUACUGCACUUGAAAUCAGUGGCGACAGAUAAUUGUACAGAAACCACCGAGCUGCUGCUUAAACUGCGCAGUCUUCUUCAGAAAUCUGAUCUCUAUAGAAUUCACUUUAUUUUGGAAAAAGUCCGGGGCACGGAUCUCCACAUGGAAAGCGCCAUUCUGUACGGGAAGCUGGAGGAGCACGAGAAGGCCCUGCACAUCCUGGUGCACGAGCUGAGGGACUUUGGSGCCGCGCGGGAGUACUGCGCGUGGAGCGCCGCCAGCAGAGGACCCCGCUACCGCCGCCGGCUCUUCCACAUGCUCCUCGGCGCCUACCUGGGCGGCAGCGGCGGCGCCGCCUCGGACGGCGCCCUCGUGGCGGCCGCCGUGGACCUCCUGAACGGCCACGCGGCCGAGUUCGACGCCGCGCGGGUCCUGCAGCUGCUGCCCGAGAGCUGGUCCGUGCAGCUGCUCUCGCCCUUCCUGGCCGGCGCCGUGAGGCAGAGCGUCCACGCGAGGAGGAUGAGCCGCGUCGCGCUGGGGCUGGCGCACGCCGAGAACCUCAUCUACAAGCACGAGAAGGUUAAGCAGAGAGGACCCCCCAUUCUUCUGUCGGAUAAGGCGGCCUGCCAGGUGUGCCAGAAGCCCUUCUGCGAGCCCGUGUUUGUGAGGGACCCGCACGGGGCCGUGGUCCACACGCACUGCGCUGCCAGCAGGCACCUCAACUCAAACGUGGCUCCUUGCUCUUCCAGCUCCAGCAAUCAGACUUGAAACGUGUUCCCCAGGGCCUGCAAGGUCCUGUGACUUUUUACCACGUUGGAAGUGGGCUGGGAGAGGAACAAAGUGCAGCUGCUCUAGGUAUCAAUCAAGGCAAAGAGGUAGCCCUUGGCUCGAUGGGAAGACUUUAGCAAAUAUGAAACGUGGCCACUUACCCUCUUGUUUUCUAAUGAAUGUAGAUAGAAGAGAAAAUCACUACCAGAAACGGAGAGCUGCAAAUAUAGGCUCAUCUGUACAUAGUAAUGAACAAUUAAAGAAAACGAGCCAUUUCUUCACAGUAAAGAUGAAUGUUAGAGGGACGCAGCAAGGGGCUCCUUCAGGAAGCAUCCCUUUGCACUGGCUGCGGUGCUGAUGGUUUGUGGAGGUGCAGAUGGCCUGUGGCAGGUGGAGCUCCUGGGACGUUACGUGACAAGACCGGCACGAUGCAACUCCUCCUGAAGACAAGAAGAUUUAUUGGUUUCAAUGCUGGCUGCAGCGUGUCCUCCUUCGGGCYGGAUUCUCUUCCCUGGGAUCACGUUAUGAACUUGUAUUUUGCUCUACAAAUUGUUGGCUUUUGCACUUUUCGGUAUCUUUUGUUUCCUCCCCUCUCCUCUGCUGUAUAGGGUUAAAACAAACUUAAGCACUGGUCUCUUAGGUUUCUACUCUUACAAUUAAUGUAAUAAACUCGGUGGGAACUGAUAGCCUCAGUCACAGGUGUGCUUGAAAAAGAAAUGAAGUUGGAUUGGCUGGUCAGACUAUAGUCACUUUUAUAUGAGGGGAGAGACUUUAAUAUUGACUUAUUUAUUAAUAUGCAAAUAUACUGUACAUACAAUUGAAUAAAUUGAUCUUAUCAUAGAAUUUGCUUGGUGUAUAAAGAUACAGCUGGUAUGUGUACAGGUUGUGACGAAUGUUUGCUAUAACAUCACUUAGCCUCAACUAGAGGCUCAACAGGACUCAAGUCCUAUUAGUCCUUGCAGMUGACUUUGUGCAAUCACAUUCCCAGAAGGAGAAGAUGUAAUGGGGAAGAGACCUGCCCAGGGGCACUCCAGUGUUACUGCAUUUGUUGUAUUUUACUAGGUAUUCUGUGAAUUAAUACUCUUCAACAACUACAGAAUAAUUUUACUGCCCCAAUAAGUGUUUGAGAUCCUAUUUAACCAUUUUUAAAGCAAUCAGUUUAAAAUAUGCACUUUCCUUCAAGAGCGGAUUAGAAACAAAGAUUUUUCUUUAAUUAACCUGAGUAUUUAAAAGUCAAAGUAUUUCUCUUAAAUCUGUAAAGCUCUAAUAAACGUCAGCUUACWGAACAGCAGAGUGGAAGGAAGAUGCCUCCUCCCUGCUGCUGUAGUGUUAACAAGUUGGAUUUCUGGAUUCCA